AUGUGGAGACGUCGCGACAAGACCAAGUCAGAGCUUGAAAAGGGUGAGGGAGCCCUCGGCUCACAUGAACUUUUCGUGAAGCGCCCCGAGAAGGCUGUAGUGACCCAGCCAGCUAGCGACGCCGCAAGAUCUAAACCCCAGGGCCCGUCUGUUACGUUCACACCAGCCACGCCUCAGCCUGGAGAAUUCAGUCAAAAAUCACGGUUAAACAGUGGUUCCGAGUGCACCCUCACGGCCGACUCCCCAGUCGUCAUGGUCUCACCUUAUCGCAAUGUCAAAGAGCACUGCUCAUCUCUCGUGACCUUCUCCAAGGACCAAUUGAUACGGAUGGACCACAACAAGCAUUACCUCGAGAUCGACCUCCUUCGACCCGAAAGUGGGGUCGACAUAUUCCCGCCUCAAGACCUUUCACCGCUGUGCCUCUACCGAGAACUGCGGUCCCUGAAGAUCACCGGCAUGAUGCAGUCGUAUCAGUCGUACAUUUGGCUCGUGGUGUGGCUGAACCCUCAAUUAAUAGAUCUGGCGUUAGAAAUGGCAGGAGAAGCAGGACCCUUGGACAAGAAGGCCAUUGCCGAAGCUCAGGAGUAUGCGCAAUGCAAGCCGACAAUGCGAGAAGUCGCGCAGGGCAAGACUAAGACGGAGGUCCUCAAGGAAUUUCACAUAGUUAAUCUGAGCCUGACGAACUUUGUGGUGCACGGAGAAUCCUUCGAGUGGUUCAGUGACCAAUAUUUGCAAAACGUGCAACUCCAUCGAUGCAAGGAUACAGAUUUUGAGCUGCCGAGCUUGAUGCAGCGUCAUACUAGCAGUGAAAGAUUUGGUAAGGGCGAAGCUGCCAUGGAGUCCAUCAAAGACACGAAGGAUCGAAAACGCGUGGCGGGGACGUGGCAGCUUGACCUUGCUAGUCACGAAUUCAUCAGGACUUUGGUGAAAUUGAAACCAGGCCUGAAGCGACUCGACGCUGUGUUGAGGGAUGCUAGCCUGUUGACCAUGGACUAUGCCGAAAUGGAGGGCAACGAAAUCACUAUAGCGGUCAACGUUGUGCCGUUAGCACUGAUUACGAACUCAAUGAAACUACAUGAUGUCGCCAAGUAA